AUGCGGUCCACGCCCGCCAACGUCCAAUGCCAGAAAUGCUUGAAACGAGAUAUGUUUGUCGCAAUCCCCAUAGUCAACCUCGAACUAAUUCCUUCUUUACGUCACUACUCAUACGAGUGCAAGGCCCCCGCCCAAGAGCGGCCCUAUGCAUCGCGUCCUUCCCGCUCGCAGCAAUUGCGCAAUCCCAAGCUUGUCCCAAAACUCACAAAUGAUGCCUUCCAACCGUUGGAGAAAAAAAAAGGCGUUGCCGACGAGGAGAUCGCAAAGAGGGAGACUGAGCGGGCCCAGAAGCGCGAACGCGAGAACCGCGAGGACGAGAUGAUCAAUCUCAACUAUCUCAACCGACGCCUCAGCAGAGUUGAAACAGUCAAGAGGGCGGACGAGGUCUCCAAUGCCCUACAGCCGCAGCUGCAGCCGCAGCCCGCCACCUCCCAGAGGCCGCCCGCGCCCCUCAUCGCGGCACAGUCGUUCUCCUCCACCCGACAACUUGGGGCGGUCCCGAGAUGA